GUCGCAGACAUUAUUGAUGGAAAACUCAUGGUAACUCUUGUUAUAGGCAACGAAGAAAAGAAAAAGAAUGGGAUUAUUUCGUUGAGAGAACUUGAAGAUUGGAUUCUUAACGAAAUUCCUGAUAAAGUUACCAAACCUAAGUCAAAUCAUGCUAGUGAUAACCUCAUCGUUAAACGUGAUG